AUGGCAAUCAUUGAUAUAUCAAAUACCGAUAUCUACAUUAUUUGCAACGAGGAUAUCCAACUAAUAUCUUUGAUAACCUCAAAUCUACAUGAAAAAGGCGCGACGAAAGUUCACCUCCUGGUUUCUAAUGAGCAAUCGCAAUACGUCAAAGAAACGUUUAUAGGUGCAAACGUAAAUGCAAUAGGCGGAGUCUGGGAAAAGGCGACAGACUAUGAGGUUACCAUAAAAAAUGCUGUUAUCGUGAUCAGCAUGCUUUAUCAUGAGUUUGAGAAGCAAGAGAAACUAUUCGCCGCAUGUGUUCGACAAAAUGUUGUUCUGUUCGUCGCUUGGGACUCAGGAAUGGAGUUAGAAAGCCUAGUACGCAACAAAAUGUGUCCAAGGACACGACUUCAUCAAAUGCUGAUAGACUACACAUUACCAUUAAGUCACGAAUCUUACCCUUCUCCUCAGACAGACUGCUACACGCAAUCGUCCUUCGUUGUCUCUUCUGAAUCGUCUGACAAAACGCAGUGGAUGUUAUUUCAAGUUGGAAUAUUUAGCGACGAAAUUCUAAUUCACGAUAUUUCCACCAUCACUACUGCGUUCAAUAGCCCUAAUCAAUUCAUAUUCGUUAAUGUAUCAAUAAAAUCUGAUUUCGCGCAAUUGGUUGCGGAGGCAAUAGUUACUAGAAAAGUCAAAGUCAAUCGAAACUACGUUAUAGGAGAAUUCGUUUCUCACACCUUUCUGGGACACGUGCACAAAGUCUUCAACUCUGGUCUCAAAUAUGAUGACCGAAUGUCCAGCGAAAUUUCCGAAUUCGAAAUGAACAAUAUGCUACGCAUCUCCGGCAUUAUUUCAGCUCGACCUAUACCACGGAUCCUAUAUCCAAAUUGCGGUGUGUACGUUCAUAAACUAUGCGUCGAAAUUUCAUUUCAACACGAAGCCACGAUUUACGAAAUAUUAACCAAUCACCGUCAG